AUGGCAAAAGAUAAGGUCUGUCUCGCAUACUCUGGUGGCCUUGAUACCAGCUGUAUCUUGAAAUGGCUUAUCGAGGAGGGAUAUGAUGUUGUUUGCUUCAUGGCAGAUGUUGGACAGGAAGAGGACUUCGAGGCCGCCAAGGCAAAGGCGAUGAAGAUUGGAGCCGUUGCAUGCUACGUUGAGGAUAUCCGCCGAGAGUUCAUCGAAGAGCUCUGUUUCCCAGCUAUCCAGUGCAAUGCUAUCUACGAGAAUAUCUAUCUUUUGGGUACAUCUCUUGCUCGUCCGGUCAUCGCUCGUGCACAGAUCAAGGUCGCCCAAAAGGAAGGAUGUUUCGCUGUCUCCCACGGUUGCACUGGUAAAGGAAACGAUCAGGUCCGGUUCGAAUUGGGAUUCUACGCCCUCCAACCUUCCAUAAAAGUCAUUGCCCCAUGGCGUAUGCCAGUCUUCUACGAGCGAUUCGCUGGACGUAACGAUCUUCUCGACUAUGCUGAGAAAGUCGGUAUUCCUGUCAGCAGCACAAAAAGCAAGCCAUGGAGUAUGGAUGAAAACUUGGCACAUUGCAGUUAUGAAGCCGGUAUUCUCGAGGAUCCAGAUGUCACUGCUCCAGAGGAUAUGUGGAAGCUCACGGUUGAUCCUUUGAAGGCACCGGACAAGCCAGAGGACUUCACCCUUGUUUUCGAGAAAGGUCUUCCAGUCAAGCUUAUUUCGGCUUCAGGAAAGACCUUCACCGACUCCGUUGAGCUUUUCCUUGAAGCAAAUGCCAUUGCUCGUCGCCACGGUGUUGGUCGUGUCGAUAUCGUCGAGAACAGAUUCAUCGGUCUUAAGUCCCGUGGAUGCUACGAGACCCCAGGUCUUACCUGCCUUCGCUCUGCACACAUUGAUCUUGAAGGUCUCGUCCUCGAUCGUGAAGUUCGUGCUCUUCGUGAUCAAUUUGUCACAUUCAACUACGCUAAAGUUCUGUACAACGGUCUUUACUUUUCUCCUGAGCGCGAGUUCCUUGAGGAGAGCAUUGUUGCUAGUCAGAAGAAUGUCAAUGGACAAGUCCGAUGCCGUGUCUACAAGGGAAGCUUCUCUGUCCUUGGCAGAAGCUCAGAGACCGAGAAGCUGUAUGACGCUAGUGAGAGUUCCAUGGACGAGAUUGGUGCAUUUGCUCCUUCAGACACCACUGGAUUCAUCAGUGUUCAAGCAAUCCGUCUGAAGAAAUAUGGUGAGGCCAAGCUUUCCAAAGGAGAGAAGAUGUAA